AUGGCAUUACCAGCUCAUCUAUCUCAGACAUUUUCCCCUGAAGAGAUACAGUUUCUGGUUGAAAAUGAGCCUAUAAAAAUAUUCCCACGUAUAACUACAAGGCAGCAGGUUAAGAGAAACCACGGUGAUGACAGAAACGGUUUCAGAAGCACCACUUCUUGGACACCACACCGUUGGAGGAUGAUCACUACCGAUGAGGCUCCCUUGAAUAAUAUGGUUGCAAUGCAAUCGACAAACGUGGCCCUUUGGAUCGCAUUACUGCUGAAACAGCAGGCUAAGUGUAACAUCAUAGCCCCGGAAUGGCUCACAGUGAAGGGUUUGGAUAGAAGCAUACAGUUUGAACAAACCUAUCCGGACAGGUUCAGUCCGCUGCCAUGGGAUUGGUUGGUUUUGUCAGAAAUUUUAUUCAAAAGAGCAUCUGAUGACUUCCAUGAUCCAGUUCAUGAGUUGAGGAAUAGAAUCCAAGAUUUGAGAGAAAUGAGACAAGUAAAAGUGCUGAAAGGUUUGAAAUACUUGAAUGAAUCACAUCUACAGUUAGAUAAUCUGAGUCUGCUAGAGAUAAAUGAACUGCGAUCAUUCAUAGUUAAUAUUAUGAACAAGUUGCGUGACAUACAUAAUGCAUUUUCUGUAGACGAACAGGGCGAAAGUGAAGACGAGGAUAUUAGUUACGGUACCAUGCGGGAUAGUAGUACCAACAUGAGCUGA